AUGGGUGCAUUACGUGACUGGAAUCGUAGUCUUCAAUAUGUAAAUUUAAUAAAACAAUCACGUCAGUGGGGUAGUCCAUCUACACCUUGGGAUGGGAAUGCUACAUUGAAUCCAAUAACUGGAUGGCCAGUAAAUGACUUUGGUGUAAUUAUUGCUACAAAUAAUCUUGAUAUGGGGGGAAAAUAUUUCUUCUAUGCGAAAGGUAAUGCAAGUAUUUCAACCAUUGAUAGCCUAUCAAUUUAUGUAACUAAUCAAACGUAUGAUAGAUUAACGAAUACUUUAACAUCUUUUAUUAACGUUCCACAAGGCCAAACGGGAAUCAUAUUGAGUUUCCUAAAUACAACAGGUCCUGGUUUACAAGAUAUGCUUUUAUUACAAUCAAAUUAUACUGUGAAAUCAAAAAUAAAUUUAACAGAUUUAAUGUUAAUACAUUUAUCACGUUUCAAUUUAAUUCGUUUCAUGGCAUGGACUGAUACAAAUAAUAAUCCUGAAAGGCAUUGGAAUGAAACAACAGCAUUAUCUUGGCCACAAUAUACUCCACCUAAACGUAAUCCUUGGCAAACAAUUCCAUUCAUAGUAAAUCAAUUUAAUAAAUCGAUCGAUAUAUGGAUUAAUAUUCCAUUCAAUGCUUCGGAUGAUUAUAUUCUCAAUCUUGCACAAUUAAUGUUCAAUGAAUUGAAUAAUAAAACUAUAGUUUAUGUUGAAUAUUCAAAUGAAUUGUGGAAUAGAGGAUUUUCUCAAGCUGCAGAUAAUGUUUAUGCUGCAAAUGAUUCUGUUCAUAAUCAUGGUGAUCCAUUACAUUUAAAUUAUGAUAAUGUCAAAGAUGUACAUACAUGGGCAUUUCGGCGAACAGCAUAUCAAAUUAAACGAAUAUCAGAUUUAUUUAAAAACAUAUUUGGUUAUGAAAACGUCGGUUUAUGGAAACGUGUUCGACCAAUUUUAGCUGGUCAAACUGAUAAACCACAUGUUAUUAUGACUGGUUUAGAUUAUUUAAAUGCUCAAUAUGGUUCACCAUCAAUAUUUCUCCAUGGUAUUGCUGUAGCUCCUUAUAUGACAUUGGGAAAGUAUCGAACUUGGUCAAAUUUAACAACUGAUCAAGUACUUGAUAUAUUCAAUUCAAGUAUGCAACGAUUUUUACCCGAACAAGGUUGGAGUCAACAAGCACCUCUUGGUGUUCAUGGAAUUUAUGCUGCUUGGUAUCAUUUAGCUGUAUAUGCGUAUGAAGGAGGAACUGAUACAUCUUCUGGAUGUCAGGAUUGUUCAUUCGAAGCGAAAAUAAACGCUACUCGACAUCCACGAAUGAUUGAUAUAUGUAAAGCAUAUUUAAAUGGUUGGUAUCGAUUUGGAUUUGAAAUAUUUAAUUGGUAUGUAGCUGGUGCAGGUAAUAUUGAAUUGUCGGGAACGUGGAAUUUACUUGAAGAUAUGAGACAAGAAACCUUAAUUGAUACAACAAAUAUGUUCAAUUCAACAUCGCCUGUUGCUCAAUUACCACGACCAGCACCAAAACUAAAUGCAAUUGAUCAAAUUCGGCACAGUUCGGUUGAAAUAAAUUUUGGAAUGCCUGUUCCAUCAAUGAAUUUUAAUGCAACAAAUUUUAUGAAUCAUCAAGUUCCAUAUCCUGAUCCUGAUUUAAGAAAUUUAAAGCGCAAUGCAACAUUUUAUUAUCCUUUGCGAAUUCAUCAACCAUUACUACGUUUGAAUUUAACUGUUUAUGUUGCAGGGAAUUCAGGAAUAUUGGAAGCUUCGAUUAAUAAUCAACAAUUUAUUCAAAUUCAAACACCGAAAACAGUUAAUACAACUGUAUUUCAAGCAACACCUCUUAUACAAUUCAAUUUCAAUCAAACAAGUGUACCAUCACUUGCAGUACUUCGUCUAAAAAUUAUCGAGAAUGGUUAUUCAAUUCGCAGUUUUGAUAUUUUUUGA